CGGGACUUCCCACAGACUAUCAGAAGCAUAAUUGCAGAGGAAGCCGAUGUUAGGUGACAAGCGAGGUUGCAAGGUCUCUCAUUUCAAAGGGAUCAUAAGGCAGAAAUCAGGCUGGAGCACUGGAAGGUGUGAGAUGCCAGACAGAGAGGCAUGCAAUUAGAAUGUGAAUAGAAGAUUGAGUUGUAAAGGUCUGAGUCCCAAAUUGUGAAAAUCAGCAAUGAUACACUGUGGAAAAAGGCAUGUGUGUGCUAUUGUUGUGUGUAUUGUAAUUUUUGGAAGUAUUUUGAUCUGCUCCUGGAAAGAUGCUCAGCUACAAGAUAAUAUGACAAGAAAAACCUUCCCCCAGGGAAACAGUGUCAUUUCAGUCGGUCAGUUCUGCAAGGGAAAAGCUGCAAAAAAUGUAAUAACACCAUUAAAAGAUAACAGAACUUUUAUUAUAUCCCCAUACUUUGAUGACAGAGAAGACAAAGUCAUACGUGUGAUUGGGAUUGUUCACCAUGAAGAUGUCAAAGAACUAUACUGCUGGUUUUGUUGUCAGCCCCAUGGAAAGACAUAUGUAUCAAAAGCAAAAAUAGAUGUUCACUCAGACAGAUUUGGAUUCCCCUAUGGAGCCGCAGAUAUAGUUUGCUUGGAACCUGAGAACUGUGAUCCAACACACGUAUCAAUCCAUCAGUCUCCACAUGGAGAUAUUGGCCAGCUAUCGAGGUUUGAAAUAAAAAACCGCAAAGCAGAGCCCUUCUCUGCUGACUUCACGGUAUGCAUCUCUGCCAUGUUUGGAAAUUACAACAAUGUCUUACAGUUUGUACAGAGUAUGGAAAUGUACAAGAUUCUUGGGGUACAGAAAGUGGUGAUCUACAAGAACAACUGCAGCCAGAUGAUGGAAAAAGUCCUGAAGUUUUAUUUGGAAGAAGGAACUGUAGAGGUAAUUCCGUGGCCAAUAAACUCAUAUCUCAAGGUUUCUUCCAAAUGGCACUUUUCUAUGGAUGCAAAAGACAUUGGCUACUAUGGACAAAUCACAGCUCUAAAUGACUGUAUAUACCGCAACAUGCAGAGGAGCAGGUUUGUGGUUCUUAAUGAUGCUGAUGAAAUAAUUCUUCCUCUUAAGCACUCAGACUGGAAAACAAUGAUGAGCAGUCUUCAGGAGCAAAAUCCUGGAACUGGUGUUUUCCUCUUUGAGAACCAUAUCUUUCCAGAAACCAUAACCACUCCCAUGUUCAACAUUUCAUCUUGGAACGCUGUGCCAGGAAUUAACAUACUACAGCAUGUUCACAGAGAGCCUGACAGGAAAGAGGUUUUCAAUCCCAAGAAAAUGAUAGUUGAUCCAAGAAAGGUGAUUCAGACUUCAGUCCACUCUGUCCUACGUGCUUACGGGACCAGUGUGAAUGUUCCAAUGGAUGUUGCCCUCAUUUAUCACUGUCGCGUGCCCCUUCAAAGUAACCUUCCUAGAGAAUCUCUCAUCAGGGAUACGACGUUGUGGAGAUAUAACUCAUCGUUAAUCAUGAAUGUUAACAAAGUUCUCUAUCAAACAGUACUGGAAGCUCAAAAGUGAAACUUUGUCUGCAAAAAGCAAAAGUGGGGAGUUGCCUGUGCCCCAGGGAGGCAUAGGAUAUCAUUCAAAGAUCACAUUAAAAUCUCUUGCACGUGAGAAUUACAUCUCAGAGAGAUUUGGGAGAACAAUCCCUUUAUGUACAGAACAAAUGUAAAUGCAUUGUCUGUGAACUGUAGCAAGGUAUCAGGAUCAUAGAAUCAUAGCAUGGCUUUGGCUGGAAGGGAUCUCAAGGAUCAAGUUCCUACCCUUCUGCCGCAGGCUGUGCUAACAACCUCUAUAUCUGGUAGUAGACCAAGUUCCCAGGGCCCCAUCCAACCUGGUCUUGAACACUUCCAGGGACUGAGCAUCCAAAGCCUCUCUUGGCAGCCUGUUUCAGUACCUCAUCACUCUCUUUGUAAAGAACUUACUCCUGACAUCCAAUCUGAAACUUCCCUCCUUAAGCUUAAAAGCAUUCCCCCUUGUCCUAUCACUAUCUAUCCAAGUAAAAAGUCUCCCUCAUUUUUUAUAAUCCCCUUUUAAAUUCUGGAAGUCUGCAAUGGCAUCUCCUCGCAGCCUUCUGUUCUUCAGGCUGACCAAGCCCAGCUCCCUUAGCUCGUCUUCAUAGGGGAAGUGCUCCAGUCAUCUGGUCCUUUGGACCCUCUCCAACAGCUCCACAUCCUUCCUGUACUGAAGGCCUAUAUGGGAAUUGCUAAAUCAGGCCUGAACCUCUGAUUGAUCACCUGAGGUGAGCAAUGAGUCAUCCCUGGGAGCACAGGCAAUUCACUUGUGCUAUG